AUGGGCAAUGUAUCCUGUGAUAUGGAUUCUGUAGUUGGCUCUAUGCUGCUUUCAUACUAUUACCAUCUUAGAGAGCAUUCAAACUUCACCCCAAUCAUUAAUUGCUCAAAGGAACUCUUUCCAGUGAAAUUGGAAAUUUGCUAGCAUCUCAAGAGCUGCUAACUAGAUAAUCUAGAGGAAUUCGUUUAUGAUGAUGAAUUAAAAGGGAUUGAGCAAGAAUAAAUAGACGAGAUAGCAUUGAUUGAUCAUAAUAAGCUAGAUGUCUCUCAAACAUUCUUAGAGCCUAAAAUAAGAAGGAUAGUUGAUCAUCAUAUCGACAAUAAUCUUUAUCUAGAGCAGUUGAAGGAGAAAGAUAUAAAAUUGAUUGGUAGUGCUACGACUUUAGUUAUAGACAGAUUCAUGAGUGACUUUCUUUUACAUAUUGAUAAGGACCUUGCCUACUUCAUGCUUGCUCCAAUCGUUCUUGAUUCUUUCUUCUUUGACGAAAAUUUAAAAGACUCUAAAUGGACAUAGCAAGAUCUGGAUGCAUACAAUUAUCUGGUUAAAGUAGCGGAUGUAGAUGGAAAGGCAUAUUUCGAUAAUCUCUACAAUUCCAUAUCAAGUAUUGAUUUAAACUUGCAGCUAGGAGUAAAAAACCUUCUGAUUAAGGAUUUUAAAUCCUAUUUCCUGCUAAACGAUGGUCAGUUAGGUAUUGGGGUGAGCUCAACUUUCGUGCCGAUGAGAAUUCUAAUCUCUCACUUUGGAUUCAAUUAGAUUGCUGAAAGCAUGGAAAGCCUAAUGAUAUCUAAGAACCUUGGCUUUUUCGCAGUAUUGACUAACUAUAUGGAUGAAACUGAUAAUAAAUAUAAAAAGUAGCUAUUGAUCUUUCAAAACGAAGAUAUUUGCCCGCUAAGUAUGAGUAAAUUCAAUGAGUUCGUAGAGAGCCUUGAAUAAAAUCAAGAAUACAAUCUAAUUGAUAAGACUGAAUACAAAAUGAAUGAAUAAGUAAGAGGAAUAACUUGGGAAGUUGGCAAUAUUAAGUAAAGCAGGAAAAACUUUGAAGUACUUAUCAAUCAAUUUUACAAACCUCUACUGAGCACCAGCAAGAUUUGA